CCUCAUCUUUUCCCCAAAACUCAAAAAGUACCCCUCCCCGAGAACUCACCUUUUCUCUCAGCCCCAUCUCUCGGCACUUCCCUCCUUGCCAAGCCCGCUUGGCUUCCUCUCCCUCUCCCUCUCCCUCUCUUUCUCUCUGUAUUUGGUUCUCAGAUUCGUCGAUCGGACGGUCGGUCUCUCUCUACCAAUGACCAUGAUGACUCCUCCGCCGUUAGAUCAAGAAGAGGAAGAGAUGCUCGUGCCGCAUUCGGAUUUAGUCGAGGGUCCUCAGCCUAUGGAAGUAGUGGCGCAAGUGGAGCCUGCAAGUACGGUGGAGAAUCAGCAAGUGGAAGAUCCACCAUCUAUGAAAUUCACGUGGACGAUUGAGAAUUUCUCUAGGUUGAAUAACAAGAAGCACUACUCAGAGGUUUUCGUCGUCGGUGGUUAUAAAUGGAGGAUACUUAUUUUUCCGAAAGGCAACAAUGUGGACCACUUGUCAAUGUAUUUGGAUGUUGGGGAUGCUGCCACAUUGCCAUAUGGGUGGAGUAGAUACGCACAAUUCAGCUUGGCUGUGGUUAAUCAGGUUCACAACAAGUACUCAAUAAGAAAGGACACGCAACACCAGUUCAAUGCGAGAGAGAGUGACUGGGGUUUCACAUCAUUCAUGCCUCUCAGUGAUCUUUAUGACCCUACUAGAGGGUACCUUGUUAAUGACAGAUGUGUUGUUGAAGCUGAGGUUGCUGUCCGUAAGAUUCUUGAUUACUGGUCAUAUGACUCAAAAAAGGAGACUGGUUAUGUUGGACUUAAGAACCAAGGAGCAACGUGUUACAUGAACUCUCUUCUUCAGACUCUCUACCAUAUUCCUUACUUUAGAAAGGCGGUGUACCAUAUGCCAACAACUGAAAAUGACAUGCCCUCAGGAAGCAUUCCUCUGGCGUUACAGAGUUUAUUUUAUAAGCUUCAAUAUAAUGACAGCAGCGUGGCAACUAAAGAAUUGACCAAGUCUUUCGGAUGGGAUACAUAUGACUCUUUCAUGCAACAUGAUGUGCAAGAACUCAACAGAGUCCUGUGUGAAAAGCUUGAAGACAAAAUGAAGGGGACUGUUGUGGAGGGGACAAUACAGCAAUUAUUUGAAGGACAUCACAUGAAUUACAUUGAAUGCAUCAAUGUGGACUACAAAUCUACAAGAAAGGAAUCAUUUUAUGAUCUCCAGCUUGAUGUUAAAGGCUGUCGGGAUGUUUAUGCUUCUUUUGACAAGUAUGUGGAAGUUGAACGUCUUGAGGGCGAAAACAAAUACCAUGCUGAGGAACAUGGCUUGCAGGAUGCUAAGAAGGGUGUCUUGUUUAUUGACUUUCCCCCAGUUCUUCAACUUCAGUUAAAGCGGUUUGAGUAUGAUUUCAUGAGGGACACUAUGGUAAAGAUAAAUGACCGCUAUGAAUUUCCUCUUCAACUUGACCUUGAUAGGGAGAAUGGAAAGUAUCUUUCACCUGAUGCAGAUAGGAGUGUUCGCAACCUUUAUACGCUUCAUAGUGUCUUGGUCCACAGUGGCGGGGUGCAUGGUGGACAUUACUAUGCUUUUAUCAGGCCAACCCUCUCAGAUCAGUGGUUCAAAUUUGAUGAUGAGCGGGUGACAAAAGAGGAUGUAAAGAGGGCAUUAGAAGAGCAGUAUGGUGGUGAGGAAGAGUUGCCUCCAACCAAUCCUGGCUUCAAUAAUACUCCCUUUAAAUUCACAAAAUACUCAAAUGCUUAUAUGCUUGUGUAUAUACGUGAAAGUGACAAGGACAAAAUAAUUUGUAAUGUUGAUGAGAAGGAUAUAGCUGAACACCUAAGGAUAAGGUUGAAGAAAGAACAAGAAGAGAAGGAGGACAAGAGAAGAUAUAAAGCACAGGCCCAUUUGUAUACAAUAAUAAAGGUUGCACGAGAUGAGGACCUUGUAGAACAGAUUGGAAAGGAUAUAUAUUUUGACCUUGUGGAUCAUGACAAAGUUCAUAGUUUCCGUAUUCAGAAACAGACACCCUUUAAUCUUUUCAAGGAGGAGGUUGCCAAAGUGUUUGGCAUACCAGUGCAAUUUCAGCGAUUUUGGAUUUGGGCAAAGCGGCAAAACCAUACAUAUCGUCCCAAUCGACCAUUGACCCCUCAGGAGGAAGCACAAUCUGUUGGACAGUUGAGGGAGGUAUCAAAUAAGACACAUAAUGCAGAAUUAAAGUUGUUUUUGGAAGUAGAGCUUGGACUGGAUCUACAUCCUAUUACUCCUCCUGCCAAAGCUAAAGAAGAUAUUCUUCUUUUCUUCAAGCUGUAUGACCCUGAGAAAGCUGAACUACGAUAUGUUGGUAGGUUUUUUGUAAAGAGUUCUGGUAAGCCCAUAGAAAUACUAGAAAAACUUAACAAAAUGGCCGGUUUCGCCCCUGAUAUGGAGAUAGAACUUUAUGAGGAAAUAAAGUUUGAGCCCUGUGUCAUGUGCGAGUACCUUGAUAAGAGGACCUCAUUUAGAUCAAGUCAGAUUGAAGACGGGGACAUCAUCUGCUUCCAGAAAUCUCCUCCACUUGAAAAUGAAGAAGAAUGCCGAUAUCCAGCUGUUCCAUCAUUUUUGGAAUAUGUGCACAAUCGCCAGGUUGUUCAUUUUCGAUCUUUGGAGAGACCGAAGGAGGAUGACUUUUGUUUAGAGUUGUCAAAGGUGCACAGUUAUGAUGAGGUUGUGGAGAGAGUGGCGCGACGAAUUGAUUUGGAUGAUCCAUCUAAAAUCAGACUCACAUCUCACAACUGCUAUUCUCAGCAACCUAAGCCCCAACCUAUCAAAUAUCGAGGCGUAGAGCGUUUGUCAGAUAUGCUAGUCCAUUACAAUCAGACUUCUGAUAUAUUGUACUACGAAGUUCUUGACCUCCCUCUGCCAGAAUUGCAAGGUCUUAAAAAUCUGAAAGUUGCUUUUCAUCAUACUACAAAGGAUGAAGUGGUAAUUCACAAUAUUAGAUUGCCUAAACAAAGCACUGUUGGAGAUGUGAUUAAUGUGUUAAAAACAAAGGUAGAGUUGUCUCAUCCAAAUGCAGAACUUAGACUACUUGAAGUUUUCUAUCACAAGAUCUAUAAGAUCUUUCCACACAUUGAGAAAAUCGAGAAUAUAAAUGACCAAUACUGGACUUUGCGUGCAGAGGAGAUCCCAGAAGAGGAGAAAGACCUUGGCCCCCAUGAUCGUUUGAUUCAUGUUUAUCACUUCACCAAAGAGACUGCACAAAACCAAAUGCAAGUACAAAAUUUUGGGGAACCCUUUUUCUUGGUCAUACAUGAAGGAGAGACUUUAGCGGAAGUUAAAGUGCGAAUACAAAAGAAAUUGCAGGUUCCAGAUGAGGAGUUUGCUAAGUGGAAGUUUGCCUUUUUGUCAAUGGGUUGUCCAGAGUACCUGCAGGACUCUGAUGUUGUAUCCAGCCGUUUUCAGAGAAGAGAAGUUUAUGGCGCUUGGGAGCAGUACCUUGGAUUGGAACACUCGGAUAAUACCCCGAAGAGGGCUUAUGCAGUAAAUCAGAACCGUCACACAUAUGAGAAGGCAGUUAAAAUAUACAACUAGGUUAGAGCUGACAUUGGAUACACAAGCAUCUUUGAAUGCGCCCAGAAAUGGAAGGGAUGAUAACAAAGCAUUACAGCUGAAGCAUAUAUAAGUGGUGAAGCAGCUCACAUUGAGUUUAUAUUUCCGUCUCUUUUGACUGUUUGUAUUAUUAUUAUUCUUUCUCUAAUGAAUGUGGGCGGGGAAAGGUGGGAGGUUUUCUCCUUUGCUUUUAGUGUAUCUAUAUUUGUGCUCUGCUCUGCUCUGCCCUCUUCUCUCUUUCUUAAUGAAGUCGCCUCCUUUUGAGAGGUUGGCGGCUUUCUUCCAUAGACAGCGCCAGUGUAACUUAGCAGCAGUACAUAAGAAGAUUUUGAUGAGGGGAUGGAUGUAUAUCGGGUAUAGUUGGUUUCCUCUGACAUUCAAUUCUUUGUCUUUUUUCUUUCUUUUUUGUUGCCGUUUUUCGUUGGGGAUAAGUUUGUAAAAAAUGGUUCGUUAAAUUCAGUAGUUGGGGUUGUAGGAGCUUGUAAGACAAUUAUACCGCUUUCAAGCAUUUUUUUUUUUGGUUUUAUUUAUAAAGAGCUAUAUCUCGUUUAACAUC